GUUUGGAUGUUACGUACUUACUACUUACGUAACAGUCGUCGGUCGACGAGUGACGACUAUUUGUCUUUGGCGUCCGUCGCGAAAAGUUUUUAGCGAUAAUUAUUUAUUAUUGUUUUGUAAUUUUCAGCCGGUGUCGUUCAGGAUUAACGAAUAACAAUCAUGCGGUGUCUUAUGGUGUUUGACAAUUUAAACGACAUCGUCUUCAUGAAAUGCAACACGAAAUUCUGCAUACAUAUUAGGAAAAUUGGAAUUUCGCAGGACCUUAUUAAACCAACAGAGAAUGAAAAAGAAGACUGUGAUAAAAUUGAUCCAGACUUAAUACUUCAGAUUUUUUCACCAAUGGUUACUUCCCAGAGAAUUAUGAAUUGCCAUUUUUCAAAUCGAUACAGCUCAAUGCAAUGUCAAAAUGGAACAAAUAUUGUAUUUGAUGAGUACUUGGGUCAUUUAUUCAUUUAUAUUGGUGACAAGGAAGUUUCCUGGCAGCAAAAAGUACUUAGUGUAUCAAUUUUAUUUAUAAAAAGAAUUUGUGGUUCUGAUGUUUCAUUAUUGAAAUAUAGUCGCCGUCGCCGUUUUCUGGUUUCUAAGCUUUUAGAUGUUUGGUUAAAACGUUCAAAUAAAGAACAGUGUGUACUAAUUGAAGCUGUUGAACAACUGACUGUCAGUGCAGAGCUUUCUACAGCUGCUUUAACAGCCGCUAAAACAGCAGCCGAGAAAAUGAAAACAAAAUCUGCCUUUUCUAGGGUCCAUAUACUCAUAAUGGUUCGACAGAAAUUUUUGACUUUGUAUUCUAGUCGUAAUGCAACUGAUCUGUGUGCGGGUGAUACAUUAUUCUUAGCACUCUUAGCUGAGGCUAUACAAACGGUUGAUUCAGAACCCAAGGAUAAAUCAGAUCUUGAUGUAAUUAUUGUGGAAAAAGACAAUUCACUACAGCUGGAAAAUGAUGUACCAUUGCCAAGAAACAAAAUUAACAGCUUAUUGAUUCUUUUGGGUCAACAUGGGUUGAAGUUAAAUGCUGUACAUUUGUCAUACAUUACUGAUGGUGUUCCAUUAUUUAUCAUUCAUGAGAUCGGUAAUGAUGUUUUUAAUAGUAGUGUAAUCGAUUCAUUAACAUCAUUUUGCACAAUCCAAGAAAUCCAAAUUCGAGGAAAUGUAGACCGCGAAGCGCUUAAAAUUGCUUAUGAUACAGUUGAUAGUUCCAUGAAAAAAAUUAUUGAUUUGUUUAAAAAGAAAAAUGCUCCAUUUGCACCGACUCGAAGUGUACUUGCCAUAAUAACCACUUUGGCUACUAGAUGGGAGCCAUUAAAGAAGAAAUACCUAGAUUACUUUAAAAAUAAUGACAGUUCAUCAUUAAUUGCUAUAGAAUCAAGCAACAUGAAUAUUGUAUGUAGUUUAAAAGAUCUUCAUCAUCAUUGUAUGCUCAACGAAUCAUUGAUUGACAGUUAUACAAAAGAAGCAGUGAGCGAAGCUUCCGCAAUGGUCGCUGUAAUGUUACGUGAUUAUACAUCAUUUUUUGAGGUGAAAGCUAUGAACAAUUUUACAAUGAGAUCAAGAUCAACAUUAAAUAUUAAUAAAUAUUUAGAAGAAUUCCCAGGUCUAGUACAUUUUAUUUAUGUAGAUCGAAUGUCUCAUCGGAUGAUUGCUCCAGGUUUGGAGUUUGCAUCACAAGAAACACUUGAACUUACCAAAAAAAAGGUAUGGUCCAUGAUCGAAUUUAGUAGACAGCAUUUAAGAGAUGGACAUUUUAUUGUCCUUUGGAAAGAUAACACUUUUACAUAUUCUUAUUUCUUGUGGUUUGAGGAUCAAUCGGGUACAUCUUUAAAGCCUAGAGUUCAACCUACAGCUUCAGAGUUAUUUCCAGGAAUAUUAAAUGGUGAUUACUAUGAAAAGCUUUUGGAACAAUGUUUUCCAAGAAUGCCAAAAGGUAAAGUACGAUGUUUCGAACUAUUCUGUGUGCAUUUGGGCCUGGCAACUGCUUCCUGUGUGUUGGAACAUUCCCGGAGAUUAUCAGCAACUGUAUGGGAAGUAACUGGAAGACCUAGUAAUCUUCUAGAUUUGUUUUAAACGCCUAUGGUUGAUUAAAAUGUUUCAUUCCAAUUUUUUUUAUAUAUAAAAUUAACAUUCUGUUUGUAUUGAUCUCAUAGUAUGAAGUCACUUAAACCAUUUUUUUUUUUAAAUAUCUAUUAUUUGUUUAUUGUUUGUAUUAUUUUAUGUCAUGAUAUAAUUUUAAUGUUUUAUUAUACUUUAUAGAUUUACUCAAUAACAAUUUAUUAUAUUAUUGCUACUUAACAACGGUGAACUUUAUACUUAAAUUAAAAUCAUUUUAAUCUGCCAAUCCAUGAAUUAAAAUUUGAAUAAAUACUAAAAUGGGUAUUUUUACUGUUAUAAGCUAUAAUAAGUGUACAUUAUCCAAAAAAAAAAAAACUAAUAUUAGAUGUAGUCUUGGUGAAUGUUUUUUUAUACGGGUUCUCAAUCUAUGUCAUAUUGUUAAUCAAAUAUAUGAUAUUGCUUUUACACUUAA